UCUUGCCAACUUGACUUUUUGACAAACCGUGUGGUGUAUGCAAAUUUUCCACCAAUCGUGCGAUUUUUGUUGUGUUUCGAGUGCGUUAUCAGUUCAACAAAUUUGAACGGGUCUCUUAUCGGCGAAACAGCUGGUAAAGCUUUGUUCACGUACACACGUUACUCCGGGUAAUCAAACGAGCUUCUAGGUGAAAAUGAGUCGACUCUUCAGUUCGGGUUCGGUUCUUGGCGCGAGCGGAGCAACUUCAACAGCAACCAGGAUGGCCAGCAACUUCCGGAAGGUUACCCACUGCAUCUUCGACAUGGACGGGCUGCUGCUUGACACCGAAAAGCUGUACACGGAGGUCACGCAAAGCAUCGCCGACCCGUACGGCAAAACCUUCACGUGGGAGAUCAAACAGUCGGUCAUGGGUCUGCAGCGCGACCCGGCCGCGGCGGCCAUCGUCAAGGCGCUGGACCUGCCGAUGACCCCCGAAGAGUACGUCCAGGUUUCCACCGAGAAAAUUAACCAGCUGAUGUCCAACGCCCAGCUGAUGCCAGGUGCCGAGCGGUUGGUCCGGCAUCUGCACCAGCACAACAUUCCCAUUGCCCUGGCCACCAGCUCGGGGGCGGACUCGGUGGAGGUCAAAAUCAAACAUCACCAGGAGCUGUUUGCGCUGUUCAACCACAAGGUGAUGGGUUCGUCGGACACGGAAGUCAAGGAGGGUAAGCCGGCGCCGGACAUCUUCCUGGUGGCGGCCAAACGCUUCCCGGACAGCCCCAAACCAGAUCAGUGCCUUGUAUUCGAGGACGCCCCGAACGGCGUCACGGCGGGCGUUUCCGCCGGCAUGCAGGUCGUGAUGGUUCCCGAUCCGCACAUCAGCGAAGAGCAGCGGAAGCACGCCACGGUGGUGCUGGGCUCGCUCGAAGAGUUCAAGCCCGAACAAUUUGGACUGCCCGCCUUCGAGUAACUUCUGGAGCGCCACAUCACACGCAUCUCUACUAUAUGUAUAGGUAAACUUCUCCACAACAAAACACCCACGCAGUACACUAAGCAUACACAAUACAAGUUUUAGACAGUAUCGUUUUUUAAGGUAAAUCGAGCUACCGUUAUUUUUAUGCGUACAAAUCAACGCGUGAUGCAUGCAUGCUGAAGCGAUAAGCGAUAGAAUUAAUAUAUUUUAAAUGUAACUAAA